AUGCCGCCGAGGCGUGAUACUAGACGCAAUGCUGCAGGAGGAGACAACAAUGGCAAUGGCAGAGGUAAUGGUAAUGGCAAUGGAGGGAACAAUAACCAGAACCACCAGGUUACACGUGCGCCAAGGGAUUUGAGUCAGGUGCAGUGCUUCGGGUGUAAGGCUAUGGGGCACUAUGCCACAGAUUGCCCAAGGGCGAAGAACUCAGGAUCCAGCAAGCCAAACCCCUUCCAAAAGGGUCAUGUAAAUCAUGUUAAUGUGGAGGAGGUCUACAAUGAACCUGAUGAAGUGAUUGGGGGUAGCCUAGAAGAGGUGCUAGUCGUGAGGGAUUAUCCAGAUGUGUUUCCAGAGGAGUUGCCAGGUAUGCCACCAGAUAGAGAUAUUGAGUUUCUUAUUGAUUUAAUACCGGGCACUGGACCUAUUGCAAAGAGACCGUAUAGAAUGCCUCCUCAAGAGUUGGAGGAAUUGGAGAAGCAGAUAAGAGAAUUGCAGGCACAAGGAUUUAUUCUCCCAUGUUCAUCACCUUGGGGAGCUCCAGUUUUGUUUGUGGAGAAGAAGGAUGCGACCUUGAGGAUGUGUGUUGAUUAUCGUUCUCUGAAUGAGAAUAAGCAAGAGCAUGAGGUGCAUCUGCGUUUGGUAUUGGAGAAAUUGAGGGAACAUCAGUUGUAUGCCAAGUUCAGCAAAUGUGAGUUCUGUCUAGAUGAGGUAGCUUUCCUUGGACAUGUUGUGUCAAGUAAUGGAGUUGCAGUUGAUCCAUCUAAGGUUGUUGCAGUUACAGAGUGGGAGACACCCACGACAGCUAGAGAGAUUCGCAGCUUCUUGGGCCUUGCAGGUUAUUACAGGAGGUUUAUUGAGAACUUUUCCAAAAUUGCAGAGCCUAUGACUGAAUUGUUGAAGAAGGAGAAGAAGUUUGUUUGGACUGAUGAAUGUGAAGCCAGCUUUCAGGAAUUGAAGCAGCAUUUGGUUACGGCACCAGUUUUAACUCUGCCAGACAUACAUAAGGACUUCCAGUAUCAUCCUAGUAAGGCUAAUGUUGUUGCUGAUGCGUUGAGUCGUAGGAGCCAUGCUAAUGCAAUUAAUGUUGAUAAUAUGCCACUGGAGUUAUGUGAGCAGUUCAGGAAUCUUAGGUUGGAGAUGGUUCCUAAGGGAUAUUUAGCAACACUUGAGGUAAAGCCUACUUUGCUUGACAGGAUCAGAGAAGCUCAAAAGGGUGAUAAGGAGAUCGCUGAGAUAAAAGAGAACAUGGUUAAUGGUAAGGCAGAAGGUUUCCAUGAGGAUGAACAUGGAGCCAUAUGGUUUGAGAAGCGUAUUUGUGUACCUCAAGAUGCUGAUAUCAGGAAGUUGAUUCUUCAGGAGGCGCAUGAUUCACCUUAUUCUAUUCACCCAGGUAGUACUAAGAUGUAUUUGGAUUUGAGGGAAAGAUUUUGGUAG